AUGUUCAGCCGGCCGUCUCCGUACGCCACGCCGCUGCCUUAUGCGCAGGUCGCGGUGCUCAUGGGCGUGCGGCUUGCCGAGCCGAUCGCAUACACCAUCAUCUUCCCAUUCAUCAACCAGAUGAUCGACGAGCUGGGCGUGACGGAUAACCCGGACAGGAUAGGCUUCUACUCUGGGCUUGUUGAAUCAGCCUUCGCCUUCGUCCAAGUCUUCACUGUGUAUCACUGGGCCAAGCUGUCCGAGGGUCGUGAUUUCAAGCAGUUUGUUGUGGGUUGGGUUGGCUGUGCCACGCUACGACAGCAGCUCGCUGACGCUCGCAGCGGCCUCGCGACAAACUUCUGGACCAUGCUCUUCUUCCGCUGCCUCUCGGGCGCGCUGAACGGCAACGUGGCGGUCAUCAAAGCCUCCCUCGGGGAAAUCACCGACGAGACGAACAGCACCGACGCGUUCGCGCUCUACGCCCUCACGUGGACAGUAGGCUCGAUCCUCGGCACUGCGCUCGGCGGCGCGCUCGCGCACCCCGUGCAGCGGUGGCCGGGGCUCUUUGGCAGCUGGGACGUGUUCCGGCGGCAUCCUUACUGGUUGCCCUGCCUCGUCUCCGCCGGGUGCACCCUCGUCGGCAUCAUCUUCGCAGCGGCAGUGUACCGCGAGUCCCUGCCGUCCAAGCAGCACCAGCACACGUCCACGCGCACAAUCUUCAGCUAUCGCCAGCAUGCGAUCCUGCCCGGCGACGGGCGGCAGGGCAGCAGGCACGCGCCGAGCCGCUCGGACGCGUCAGACGCGACGGCCGUGUCGCACGACGAGAGCGUGCCCAUGUCGCCUGUGAGCACCAAGACGCGGCUGGACGAGGAGGCCGGCGGCGUCGACGAGCCGCUGCUUGGCGGCGCGGCGCACCACCACCGUACCUGGGGCUUCUGGGAGCUGUGCGCUCACCGCCCCGUGCGGAUCUCCAACCUCGCCCUGUUCCUCAACUCGUUUGUGUCGGGGUCGUGGGGCGCCGCGUCGUUGCUCUUCUUUUAUGAUCGGAAGAACGGCCUCGCCAUGUCGACCUCUGCUAUCGGCGGUGCACUGGCCGUCAACGGUCUGUGGACGAUCGCGGCGCAGCUGCUCAUCCUGACAAGGCUGCGGCUCGCGUUGGGCCUGAACCGCGCGUAUGUGCUGCUCACGGCGGGCUGGAUCCCCGUGUGGCUGCUCUUGCCUCUGCUCCGGCGGGUGCUCGAGGCGUCCGAGACCCCCAACAGCGAGGGCAAGUACGCCGACACGCGGGGCUGGGUCGUGACUAUCGCUGUGAAUGCGCUUUUGUCGCUCGUGACCCUCGUCACGCUCAACAACUCGCUCCUCAUGGUCGUGGUCAACAACUCGACGCCGGACCGCGCGGCCCUGGGCGCGGUCAACGGCAUCAGUACCGCCGUGGGCAGCCUCGCGCGCGUCGUCGGCCCGAGCCUCGUCAGUGUCCUCUUCGCCGUCUCGAUGGACCGCGGCGCCCUCGGAGGCCGCCUCUGGUGGGUCUUCAUGCUGGCCAUGUCCGCGCUCAACCUCGGCGCGGGCCUGCUCGUGCCCAACGAAGCUGCCACCCUGCGUAACGAGUACGACGAGGACGAGUACGGAGACGAGGACGAGGACGAAGAUGAGGACGGAAGCGAGAGUCUGGAUGGCGUCAUGGUUGCCCCGGGUACUCCGGCACGGCGCGGCACUCACCCCAUUCCGGGUUAA